AUGUACAUCAAGCCGCACAAACGCACCGCUCAGCUCCGCGAGAUCGCGGCCCUCAGGCCGGCGGGGCCUCCGCUCCCCUUCAGCCCGGCGAUCCCACCCGUCAGCCCGCAGAUCCCAUCCUCAGCCGGGCUGCGCUCGGCAGCGGGCACCCGCCUCGCCUCGGGGCUUGCCCGGAGCCACCCGCACCACUGGAUCAGAGGUGAAGCGAGCGAAUACUUGCGAGAAAUUGGUGGUUUGAUGUUUAUAAAUGACCUUGCCAAGUCCAGUGCUCAUUGCAUCGUAAAGGAAGCAGCUUUAUUUACCCUGGGGAUUAUUAUAGAGAGUAAUGUGUAUUGUCAGCAGACUUUGUGUACUUCUGCAUUGUUUGAAGACCUCAUUUUAUUUUUGAUUAAAAAGGAUUCUGGUGUGAACUUGAAAAGAAUGUCUGUUUAUGUCAUCUUAGCUCUGGUGUCAAAUAAUAAAAACGGGCAAAGCUGUGUCAGAGACACAGGCUGCAUCAGCCUGCUGCUGCAGUUGUUCAGAACAACUCUCUCCACGUCGGAGAAGAAUGUGUCAGAUGAAAACUCUGAUGCCUGCUAUCAGCUCUGGUGCUCAGUGUGCAGCGCUCUCUGUGCCUGUGUCAACAACCCCCAGAACGAAGAUAAUCAAAAGAUUUGCUGUUCGGUUUUUCCCCAUGCCAAAGAGUGGCUGGAGACUUGCACAGAGCCUGGGAUAGUUCGUCCCAUUUGUUCAUUUCUUGGUCUCACCGUUGCAAAUAACUCAUAUGUGCAGAAAUAUUUUGCUUCUAUUGGAGGAUUGGAUACAUUAGCCAAAGUUCUCCUUGAGCUUAUGCAUGAUUCUUGUUUGAGUCACUCCAGCAUGAAACUCGCCGUGAUAGUAACAAAGACUCUGGAUGCCUGUAUUGCCAAUAACUGUCAACAUUCAUUCUGCUCAGAGAAAACUGAGAGAGUCAAAAGUACUUCAGCUAUAUCUUCAUCCCAUAAAAUUCCAGAUUUAAGGUGUUUAGGUUGUACAGCAGGAGGACUGUCCUUGAACAGCAAAACCUUCACCAAGAUGUUGCAGAGAUGCCUGCAUAGGUGUGAGCACCACAGAGUUAUCCUGGAGGCUGAAGAAAGAUACCGAGGGGAGCUCCGCAGGGUGGCUGCUGGUAACAGCAACAGAUCUGCAGCUCACCAGAAAAUGCUGCCGGCCUCAGUGGAGAAAGACAGGCUGCAUAAAGAAAUAUCAACUUUUAGGAGCAAGAAGGAUCGUUUCCAAAGCAUUCUUUUGACUCCAAAUAGAAAAGACAAAUCUAAUACUUCAAAGAGAGAUGAAUAUAGUAGAAAUACUACUAGGUGGACUAGCAACUAUAACUUGACACCUGCUUAUGAAAACUCUUUACAGAAAUCCCAGGAUGCUAACCAGAAGAGACAGAGAGUCAAAGAGAUGUGCAGCCAGAAAUGUCAGCAUUUAAAAGAAAAUUGCACACAUUCACUUGACAAAGAUGAGGGCAAUAAAAUGUAUUCUCUGGCCAUGAACACAAGACCUUUGAACAAGAGAAGAGUCCGGAAAGAUUUCACAACUGAAGAAAUCAACUGCCUUUUGAAAGGCGUCCAAAAAAUGGGCAACCACUGGAAUUUGAUUUUGUGGUCUUACCCUUUCCAGAAAGGCCGGACAAGCGUUGACCUUUCCAAGAAAUACUACAGGUUACAGGUGCAGAUGAAAAAAGCCCACAAAGGACAUCAGUAGCAUCAUCUGCGAGUGCUUUGUUGCAGAAUGUUCAAGAACAGCCUUUGUAACACUGAGGUAUUACCAGAACAACUCAAGCCCUUGGAGAAUUUAGGUUGGCUUGGACUCCUGUUUUUCAGUGACAACUGACAGAAUUGUUAUGCAUUGUAAUUUUAAUUUACCAUAACUUGACAGUUUAUUUAAGUAAUGCCAUCCUAGACAACAAAAUCUCUGUUGGUAAAAAUUACAUUAAUUUGGAACUUAAGCUUCUUGAGCAUUUGAUUGUGCAAUUUUUGAGUUAAC